AUGGACUCCGAACAAGAAUCCAUCAACUCGUACAACUCGCGAGAUUCGCUGGGACAGGUGCCCCACACAUAUGUGCCGUCUGCAACUACGGCGGGACCACGUGUCCGCAGUGGAAGCCGGGCCGGCUCCGACCUGUCGUCCACCACGGGCCGCUCGGACCGCCUGCGUCUGGUUCCCACGGAAACCGUGCGGUCGCUACAGGAACUGGGCGUGUCGCCCGUGGUUCCCAUCCCCGACGUGAACGCCCCCACAACCGUUGGCACGGGAACCGCGAUUUUCCCCGAGGAGUACACCAUGGAAACGCCCACCGGGCUGGUGCCCGUGGCAACGCUGCAGUCGCUCGGAAGAACCCAGUCCGGGACCCUGGCUGCCACCCGGACUCGUACCAGACGACAGGUGGUGCCCACCGACGACGCCGACUCCGGCUCCGACGAAAAGAAAAUCUCGCACGGGUCCGACGACGUGGCCGGCACCGGCCGGCCCGGGACGGCCGGUACCGGCCUCGUCGAUGACGACGCAGAGGCGGUCCCCGAGUACGACCCGGAAAUUGAGUUUGUGACGUUCGUCACGAACGACCCGCAGAACCCGCACAACUGGUCCCUGUUCACCCGCUGGCUCUACACCAUUCUGCUUUCGGUGCUGGUCAUCUCGGUCGCGUACGGCUCUGCCUGCAUCACCGGUGGUUUGGGCACGGUCAGCGCGAAGUAUCACGUGUCGAACGAAGUGUCGAUCCUCACGUGUUCGCUGAUGGUGAUCGGGUUCUCGCUGGGUCCGUUGAUCUGGUCUCCCGUGUCGGAUCUGUACGGGCGUCGUAUCGCGUAUUUUGCAUCACUAGGUUUGUAUGUCAUCUUCAACAUCCCUUGUGCGUUGGCGCCCAACAUCGGGUGUUUGCUGGCGUGCCGGUUUUUGUGCGGCGUGUGGGCCUCGUCCGGGCUGUGUCUCGUGGGAGGGUCCAUCGCAGACAUGUUCCCACCAGAGACGCGUGGCCGUGCCAUUGCCUUCUUCGCCUACGCACCUUACUGUGGGCCUGUUUUUGGCCCGCUCGUGAACGGGUUCAUCUCCGUCUCCACUAAGCGCAUGGACCUCAUCUUCUGGGUCAACAUGGCUUUUGCCGGUGUCAUGUGGAUCAUCGUUGCCUUUAUCCCUGAGACCUUCGCACCCGUAAUUCUUAAGAGCCGCGCCGCGAAACUCCGUCGUGAAACCGGCAACCCCAAGAUCAUGACCGAGCAGGAGGCACAGGGCCUCAGCGUUCGCGAAAUGGUCCGCGCCUGCCUGCUCAGACCCCUAUAUCUCGCCGUCACCGAGCCCGUGCUCGAUCUCAUGUGUUUCUACGUUUGCCUCAUCUACUCCCUACUGUAUGCGUUUUUCUUUGCCUACCCAGUCAUUUUUGGUGAGUUGUACGGCUACAAGGACAACAUCAUUGGGCUCAUGUUUAUCCCCAUUUUAAUCGGAGCCUCUGUGGCCUUGGCGACCACAACCUUCUGUGAGAACCAGUACAUCAAGAUUACCAAGCGCAGAAAUCCAACACCCGAGGACCGUUUGCUCGGAGCCAUGAUUGGCGCUCCAUUUGCUGCUAUUGCAUUGUGGAUUCUCGGAGCCACCGCUUACAAACACAUCAUCUGGGUUGGUCCCGCUUCCUCUGGGCUGGUCUUCGGCUAUGGUAUGGUUCUAAUUUACUAUUCCCUGAACAACUACAUCAUCGACUGUUACGCCAUAUACGCCUCGAGUGCGCUUGCCACUAAAGUGUUUUUACGUUCCGCCGGUGGUGCUGCGUUCCCACUUUUCACCGAACAGAUGUACCAUAAGUUAGGUCUACAAUGGGCCAGUUGGCUCUUGGCCUUCAUUUCUACCGCCAUGGUUUUAAUUCCCUUUGCAUUUUACUACUACGGUAAAACUUUGCGUGCGAAAUUGUCCAAGAAGAACUAUGCUUUCAGCGGCAUGGAAUGA